UCUCUCUCAUUGUUGUCGUAUUUAUUCGGUUCUUAUUUUUCUUGUUUCUUGCUGUUUCCAGCUCCUGUUGUGGCUCCGCACAUCCACUUUAGUUAUUCAUUCUCUCUACUUAGUUGUUUUCCGCAUCAAUGUUGGUCCAAUAUUUAGCGUGGUCGUUCAAAACAGUUGAUUUCUUUACAUUCGCCUUUAUUAUAUCUUUUUUAGAUUUACUGUAGAUUUGACAGUACCGUGCAAUUUGCGUGUAUAUGUGCGUGCAUGUGCUAGAUGCACAUAUGAUGUGUGUUCUAGCCUCUCACAAAUCUGUCGUUGCCAAAAGGUCACUCACACUCUUCUUUUCCCAAUUUUAACAAGCACCUUCCUCUGCAAACGCAAUAACACAAGCUGUCCCAACAGUGCUCCCUAGUGGAGCGACCCCACACAAACACUAACUGCAAGUCCAAGUUCAAGAACAUUUCAACAAGUGACACAUAUCCCAUGUGACUGUGUUUACAUUCACAGAACACGUGAAACAACACGAAUGCCCAAAUUACACAGAAAUAACUACAAACGCAACAACAUUUGAACUAAACAAUAAUACAUAAAAAUACAAAUAUUCAACAUUACACUGUGUUUUAAGUUUGUCUGGACUGACUCUUCUUCCCAUUGAUUAAAAUGAGGGGAACAUACACAUUACUACACUGGCCACCAUCCGAAAUUCUUUUCAUUAUUUAAUGAUGAACGCACCUCUUAUGUAGCGAAAUUUACUCCACAUCUCAUUUAAUGUGUAUACGGCUCUAACGUAGCAUACUGUAUGUAUUUAGUUCAUAUCUAAUGUUGUAUAAACCCCGAUGUAGCAUAUUUACGUCAUAUUGUAAUAUUCUCUACAUUAAUGGAGUCAGUCUGUUAGUUAUUUUGUUACUCAGUCAGAUAGUCAGUCACUCAUUUAGUUAGUCACUAAUUUAGUAUGUCAGUCAAAUUUAGUAAGUCAGUCAUUUAGUUAGUUACUCAGUCAGUCAGUCAGUCAUUAAUUUAGUUAAUCAGCCAUUUAGUUACUCACAAAUUUGGUUAAUUAGUCAGUCAGUCAUUGUGUUAAACCUUCCGCCAGUUACUUAGUCAGUCAAUCAUUACAUCAAUUUCAUAGUUAGCUCCUCGGUAAUUUAGUUAAUCAGUCUUUCAGUUAGUUAGUCAGUCUGUUAGUUAGUUAGUCAUCAGUUCAUCAGUCAGUCAGUCAUUUAGUUAAUCAUUCAGUCAUAUAGUUCGUCAGUCAAUAACUUAGUCAGCCAUUUAUUAGUUACUCAGUCAGUCAGUUAAUCAGUCACUAAUCUAAUUAGUCAUUUAGUUAGUCGUUUCAUUAGUUAUGACUUGAUUGCAAAGCAUGUCGGAGUGGAUUUUGUUUUGUUUGGCAGCUGCCACAAACACACCUCACUUGGUCUAUUUUGGACCUGCUCACCUGUUGACCUGACAGCCAAGUGUCUGCGUGUGCGUUUUACCUGUCAUGUGCAGGUGGUCUCGGUGAGCGGUGAUGUGCGCCGAGGUUCAGCCUCGCACACUCACAGCCCGAGACCACACAGGGCUGCGCCUCUGCGGGUAAGAAGACUUUUGCCGGCCGCCUCGCGUUCUGAUCCGGUUCCGAUCCGUUUGCCGCUUCUGGGAGCCCACUUGGACCGAGUAGCUUUGUUGUUUUUUUCUCCUCCGAAUGGACCUGUUUUGAACCUGCAGAGCGUGGCUGUGCUUUUCAUGAGGUUGAGCGACACCAAGGUGAACCCGAUCUCGAGGCUCUUUUCACCGGAUCCGCCUCCCCCCAGUUUGUGUUCUCCCCUCAGCUGAGCAGUUAAGUCGGGCAGCGAUACGGAGGUCCCUAGCGCCACCAGCGCCGCCAAGAUGUACGGCCUGUACCUGGAAGCGGUCAACGACUACAUCAACGAGUCCUACGGAGAGGACGUGUGGCGGCUGAUCGAGAACCGAGCAGAGAUCCCACAUCUCAAGUUUGUCAGGCAUCAGAUGUACAAUGACAACUUGAUCCUGCGUCUGGCCAAGGCGGCAGGCGAAGUUUUGGGAAAGACGCACGACGAACUGAUGUACGCCUUUGGAGUUUACAUGGUCAAAAGGAUCGGAAACUACGGCUAUGAGCGUAUCCUCAAGGUUUUGGGUCGAAACGUGCGUGACUUCAUCAACGAGCUGGACAACCUGCACGAGUAUUUCCGCUUCUCCUUCCCCAAAGUGCAGCCACCCAGCUUCUGCGUGGAGGAGGAGUGCGAGACCAGUCUGACGCUGCACUACCGAAGCACACGCAAAGGAUUCACGCAGUUUGUCAAAGGCCAGCUCUCUCAAGUGGGCCGUCAGUUCUACAACACGGACAUCGAAGUGGAGAUCUUGUCUAAGGAGGAGACGGAGAAGAUGACUUAUGUGGUGUAUAAGAUGAACUUUGACAACGCGGCCUUCAAGCACCGCAUGCCACAGCAAAAGACGGCGCCCAGCUAUGAGAAGCUUCCCAUGAAGCGAGGUAUCUUUUUUGACAUGUUCCCCUUCAGCGUAAUCUUCCGCCGCGACAUGACCAUGUACCGCAUUGGCGACGGCCUCAAAGAGGUCUUCUCUGACCUCCAGGGCAAGAAGGUGAACGAGGAGUUCACCCUGGUCAGGCCCAUGCUGGAGUUCAGCUGGGACAAUAUCUACACCCACCUAAACAAUGUCUUUGAGCUGAUGUCUAAAGCAGUGGUGGAGAGCAAACAAAAAGUCAACAUUCCCAAACUCAACAAGGAGGAACCUGAAGAGAAAGAGGAAAGCGAGAAGACCAAGAGGGAAGAAGAACGAGAGCAAAAGUCUGCAGAGAUGAAGGGCACAGAUCAGGAAUACAGCAGCACUCUGGCUCAGUACAACAGCGCGGCCAACUCAGGAGGUGAAGACAUCGAGUUGCUGGCCUUCCAGACCGUCACAGGCAAAUGCAGUGAGACAAUCUUUGAGGACAUGAGAGAGCCCCCCAAAAAGCCUCUCCACCUGAAGGGCCAGAUGAAGUACGUUCCCCAAUGGGACUCUCUCAUCUUCCUGGGGACGCCCAUCAUUGAGACGGUGGAAGACAUGAUCAAAAUGGGUGUCUACGUCAAUGACUUGAACCUGCACGACUCAAGCCGAGAGCUGAUCCUGGCCGGGACGCAGCAGUCGGCCGAGCUGCUGCUGGCCCUGGAUCAGGAACAACAAAAGUACGCUCAGCUGCAGGAGAUCAUCAAGAAGCUGGACGAAGAGAAGAAGCGCGGAGACUCCUUGCUGUACGCCAUGAUCCCCAAAGCAGUGGCCGACCGCCUCAGGAAGGGAAUCACCGCCCUGGAGACAUGUCAGGUCUUUCCAGACGUGACCAUCCUGUUCAGCGAUGUGGUCAAGUUCAAUGAGAUCUGCAUCCACAUCACACCCAUGCAGGUGGUGGACAUGCUCAACGAGAUCUACAUCGUCUUUGACACGCUCAGUGAGAAGCACAACGUCUACAAGGUGGAAACCAUUCGUGACGCCUACAUGGUGGUGGCGGGCGUGCCCAACAAGACCACCUUCCAUGCGCAUCACAUCUGCGACAUGGCCCUGGACAUGCUGAGCUCCAUCGACCACCUGAAGGACCCGUCCACGGGGGACAACAUCCAGAUCCGAGUGGGUAUCCACUCGGGAAUGGUGGUGGCCGGUGUGGUGGGCCUGAAGAUGCCUCGCUAUUGUCUCUUUGGUGAUACGGUCAACACCGCCUCCAGGAUGGAGAGCAAUGGCGUGGGUAUGCAGAUACACAUCAGCCAGACCACCAAAGACCACCUGGAACACGAGCCAUACAUCAUUGAGGAGAGGGGCAAGAUCUUUGUCAAGGGUAAAGGCUACAUGAAGACGUAUUGGCUGAAGGGAAAGAAAGAUCUUUCCUUCAAGACUCCAGCAGAGUUGCGCUACAGCAGCGAGCAGAAGAACUCUGAAGACAAAAGCUCGAAUGGCUCCACGAGCACCAACACCAAGCACAUUUCCUCCAGCCAACCCAUCAGGGGUGGCGAGGAGCAGGCGGAGGGCAUGCUCAGCCCCAGCGACCUCCCCCAGGAUGCCCUGCCGCCGCCGGAGUCCGCCAGCGAGCUCCUGGACGGGCAGGGUGAUCUCCAGGAGAAGGAGAGGUCCAAAAAAACUAAGAACAACAAGGGCGCCAAGGCGGAGGCGGGGCAGGGGAACGUGGCGUCGGAGCUGGGGCCGCCCGCCGACGGCCCCGAGAACCCGGGACCCCUCCUCAACAUGAAGAGGAACAGCUUCCGGCAGCAGUACGUCAAGCUCCCCGCCAACCUGCCCAUUCGGAGCGCCUCCUGUAUUCUCCUGUGAGCCCAGGACACCAUGACAUUAUUAUGAUGUCAUAACAUCACAACGUCACGAUAACAGGGUGUGUCAUGAUGUUGUGACGUUGAGAAACAAGGUAUGGAAAGCCGUUUUAAGCAUUUAUUCGAUAUCCUUGAUAUUCAGCUUCAGGUCUUCGGCCUUACGAGUAAGACAAACUGUUAUAUGCGCAACCUACUUCCAAAUUCGGCAAAAAAAGCACUUCCUCCUCUCUCAGGUCAAUGGCGAAAGGGAACCAAAGGAACAUUAAACGUCUAUAAUGUCUUUUUUUAAACACUUGAUGUCAACACAGAGCCAUCAAAUAUUACAAUAUUCGAUGUUUAGGCUUCGUUCCUGUUUACAUAUAUUAUUAUUGUAUAAAUAAAUGAUAGACUUGUAUUUAACUUUUGUCCGAAGACAACAGCCAUAAACAAAAACCUUUGCAAGUUCGGCUUCAAAACAAUGAUGUCAUCAAACCAGUCAUGCUUAGUAGUGUAGCAUACACAGAAUGUCAGCUAUCCACUUUUCCGCGUUUGGUCACUUUCGGGCUACUAGUACGUACCUAAACCUUACUACUAAACUACUGUGCUGAACUCGUAACACUACUACACCCAACUAGUAAGCAUGUCACACACUAGUAGCUUCCUUAUCAGGAAUAUCGAAUAAAUGCUCAUACAGUUACUAGUGAGGCUAGUACUUCUAGUAAUACUGUAUUAUAAAAUUCUACAAGUUAACAUCUUGAACUUCACUAGCAGUGGGUAGAACCAAGUCUUUUCAAAAAUUGUUGAUUUAUUAAAACUUAUAAUUUAUUUUAAAUGUUUUUAAUUCUGCAAAGUUAUGUGCACACAAACACAAUGAUCACUUUAUUUAAAAAAAAAACAAUGGUAACGUUUUUACCAUUUUUACAAUAAUAAUAAAAUGUACGAUUUGUUUUUGGGCAAUGAAAUAAACCUCUUUCAGGCAAACAUACUUGAAUUGACUGAGCCUAGACAUGUCAACUGUGUUGUUGAAAGUAAGCAAAGCAAAGCAAAUUUAUUUAUAUUGCGCAUUUCAUACACAAGGUAACUCAAUGUGCUUUACAUGAUUAAAAGCAUUUAAAAAAAAAAAAAAAAAAAGAAAGAAAACAGAUUAUAAACAUUUAAAACAAAUAGAAAAAAAAAAUAAACCUGCUCUGACCUCUUUGUUCGGGUCAGAACCCAAGCCGCAGCAUUCUGAAUGAGGUGCAGCUGUUUAAUGCUCUUUUUAGGGAGUCCAGUCAGAAGACCAUUACAAUUGUCAAGUCUACUUGAGAUAAAAGCAUGGAUGAGCUUCUCCUGGUCUGCUUGACACAUGCAAGCCUUCACUCUGGAUAUGUUCUUCAGAUGGUAGAAGGCAGUUUUAGUAAUUGAUUUGAUAUGACAGUUGAAAGUCAGGUCGGAAUCUAUCAGAACAGACUUGGUUUCAGACUUGGUCUUUGGUUUUUAAAGAGUUUGACUCCAGGUAUUUACUAACAGCAAUUAUCUUUUGUUUAUUGCCAAAAACAAUUAUCUCAGUUUUGUUGUGGUUUAAUUGAAGAAGAUUUUAGCUCAUCCAGAUAUUUAUCUGUUUUAGACACAUGAUGAUUCUGAUUAUUGUUAUAAUGAGUGAGACAUUCUACUUCUUCUUGUAUAUGAUAGAUUGUAUUUAUAUAAAAUGGAUGGACAGCCUCUA